UUUCUGCAGUCUAUGAUUCUACCCUCAAUUUUAGAAAUAAUGAGAAUCCAACAUUGCUGGGAGUUCUAAAUGGAAAGAAAUAUCAUGCAGAUUUAUAUGUAAGGCGGAUUCCACUAGAGGAAGUCCCAGAAGAUGAGCAGGAGUGUUCUAGCUGGCUCCACAAACUCUAUCAAGAAAAGGAUGCAUUCCAGGAAGAAUACUACCGAACAGGAACCUACCCAGCAGUCCCUGUAGUACCACCCCGACGACCGUGGACUCUUUUGAACUGGCUUUUCUGGGCCUUAUUGCUGCUCUAUCCUUUAUUCAAGCUGCUCAUCAACAUGAUUAACAGUGGAUCAUCCCUGACACUGGCUAGUUUUGCAUUUGUCAUUGUAAUGGCUUCUGUGGGUGUCAGAUGGAUGAUAGGCGUUACAGAAAUUAACAAGGGCUCCACCUAUGGUAACAAUGACAACAAGCAGAAACAAAAGUAGCAUCUUCAGAGACUGCUUCAAUCCAAAUGGAAUAAAUGCAACUUCUGAAACCUCUUAAGUGCAUAUCACGAUCCUUCAAGUGAGAGCGGAGGAAGGGCAGGAUGAGCAAUCGACAUACAUCUCUAAAUUUGUGCCAUGUUAUUUUUCUCUGGGGGGUUGAGCUGGAUGACAGCUUGAAAGAGGCACUCCUUCAUAUACUCUCCACAACAGGUUUGCAUUUGUUUGGCUGGUUUGUUUUCCUACAAAGUGUCUGAAG